AAGGAGAAAUUUUCAUUCAUGCAUGGCCUAACAGGGGUUUUAGAUCGCUUCUCAGAAGGUCUAUGCACAUGGAAGAUCUUGCCAUCCUUGCUUGAGGAGGUACGUGUCCUAUCCCUAUUUCCAAUUCAAGCUGCAGAACUGAUGGUACGCCGUUUCGUUGGCAGAUGA